AGAGCGCAGUGUUUGGCUGCAGGUCGCCCGGAGAGGGACGCGCACAGCGGCUGAGGAACACAACACUAGACCCGUGUCUCUUACUAGUCUGGUUCUCUCCUCGUCUCCACCUUGCUUUGUCACCAACUUGGGGAAUACUAUCAUCAUCCAAGGAUCAGUUUGAAAAGGACAGACGGCCCGUUCCGCCCCGUCCCCACACCCCAGUGAUGCUUAGCUGCCGUAUCCCAGAGGCCCACCUUGGCAGUUAGAGGAGAGGUCAUCACCAUGACAGCGUCCUCGCAGGACUCCACGCCCUCGUCUAUGGCUGGCCUCCUCCUCCUCCUCCUCCUCCUCUUCCCGACUGUUUUCACUCAGGACUCAGUCCCGACAACCCCGUCAUUGUUUGACCCGCUCACCCAACCAGAGUGCACAAAGAAAGAACACCCAAAGGUUUCCAUCCAAGCACUCAGUCCGUGGAUAUCUACUUUCUCCCGACCGGGUGUGCAAGACUAUUCGCAGCUCACCCUUGACCUGACCAGGAAUGAGCUUAUUGUGGGUGCCAGGAACUACCUGUUCAGACUGGACCUCAGCAACAUGUCGCUGAUACAGGCAACAGAAUGGGCACCGGACGAGGAAACCAGGAGAUCCUGUCAGAGCAAAGGCAAAACAGAGAUUGAAUGUCAGAACUACAUCCGAGUCCUGCUGGUGAACAAGACCGAGGUCAUGACCUGUGGAACCAAUGCAUUCCAGCCUCUGUGUAUAACCAGAGAGGUGGGCAACAUGAGCAGUGUGCUGGAGCGGGUCAACGGUGUGGCGCGGUGUCCGUACGACCCACGUCACAACUCUACCGCGGUGGUGACGGAGAGCGGAGAGCUGUUUGCCGCCACGGUCAUUGACUUCUCCGGCCGGGACCCUGUCAUAUACCGCAGCCUGGGUGGGAUGCCUCCUCUCCGGACCGCCCAGUAUAACUCAAAAUGGCUCAAUGAGCCACACUUUAUCUCGGCGUAUGACAUCGGCCUCUUCACUUUCUUCUUCCUGAGGGAGAACGCAGUGGAGCACGACUGUGGCAAGACGGUCUAUUCCCGUGUGGCGCGAGUCUGCAAGAACGACAUCGGCGGGCGAUUCCUCCUGGAGGACACGUGGACCACGUUCAUGAAGGCAAGGCUCAACUGCUCCCGCUCGGGCGAGAUCCCCUUCUACUACAACGAGCUGCAGAGCACCUUCUACCUGCCAGAGCAAGACCUCAUCUACGGCAUCUUCACCACCAAUGUCAACAGUAUUGCAGCAUCCGCAGUGUGCGCCUUCAACCUGAGCGCCAUAACGCAGGCGUUCAACGGACCCUUCCGCUCCCAGGAAAACCCUCGCUCCACCUGGCUCCCCACGCCCAACCCAAUCCACAACUUCCAGUGUGGUACCAUAAAUGAUGAGGGUCCCAACGAGGGCUUGACCGAGCGCAGCCUGCAGGACGCCCAGAGGCUCUACCUGAUGAACGACGUGGUCCAGCCGGAGUCUGUUGAUCCGCUUGUGAUGCAGGAUGACGUUCGCUUCUCCAACCUGGUGGUGGACAUCGUCCAGGGCAUGGACAAGCUCUACCAUGUUAUAUACAUCAGCACGGAAUAUGGCACCAUCCUGAAGGCGCUGGCUACGCCCAACAAGAACCUGCAAGGCUGUUACCUGGAGGAGAUGGAGCUCCUCCCACCAGGGGUACGGGAACCAAUCUUUAGCCUGCAGAUCCUGCACAGUGACAGGUCGCUCUUUGUCGGAUUAAACAACCGAGUCCUGAAGAUUCCACUGGAGAGGUGCUCCACCUACAAAACUGAGAUGCUGUGCUUGGAUGCGAGGGAUCCCUACUGUGGCUGGGACUUCAGGCAGCGGAGGUGCACCACGCUGGAGGACAGCUCCAACAUGAGCCAGUGGAAGCAGAACAUCACUGUCUGUCCGCUGCGGAAUCAAACCACCAAUGGGGGCUUCGGACCCUGGGCACCGUGGCAACCCUGCAACAACGACGAUGGCGUGGAUGGAGUCAGUUCCUGUUUGUGUCGCUCCAGAUCCUGUGACAGCCCCGCCCCCCGAUGUGGAGGCAAAAACUGUGAGGGUCCCACCAUCGAAGUCGCCAACUGUUCGAGAAACGGAGGCUGGACGCCCUGGUCGUCAUGGGGACAGUGCAGCACGACCUGUGGUACAGGCUUCGAGCUGCGGCAGCGUUCAUGUAACAACCCUUCACCCCGACAUGGCGGCCGGGUGUGUGUGGGGCCGAGCAGGGACGAGCGGUUCUGUAAUGAAGGGGUGCCCUGUCCUCAGCCCAUCUUCUGGUCUCCGUGGGGAUCCUGGACCAAGUGCAGCACCGAGUGCGGGGGAGGUGUCCACUCCAGGGUCCGCAGUUGUGAGAAUGGCAACAGCUGCCCAGGAUGUGCACUGGAAUACAAGGCCUGUAACCUGGAGGCGUGUCCGGAGGUCAAGAGGAACACACCCUGGACGCCCUGGAUGCCUGUCAACGUAACCCAGGGAGGAGCGCGUCAGGAGCAGAGGAUGCGCUACAUGUGCCGAGCUCACCUGUCCGAUCCUCACGAGCUGCAGAUCGGACGCAGGAAGGUGGAGACGCGGUUCUGUCCCAACGACGGGACAGCGGCCUGCGAGACGGACACCCUCGUCGAGGAGCUCCUGAAGAUACCAGUGGUGAGGGUGGCAGGUGCCGGUUGGUCAUCCUGGGAGUCCUGGUCGAGCUGCUCUCAGAGCUGCGCCAAAGGCUACCGCACCCGUCGGCGAUCCUGUGCUGGACCAGAAGGGAAAAGUGCCCCAGUUGCGUGUCGUGGCUCACCGGUGGAGUACCAGGACUGUAAUGUCCAGGCGUGUCCUGUGAAAGGUGCAUGGUCCUGCUGGUCGUCCUGGUCUCUGUGCUCAGUGGGUUGCGGUGGCGGUCAUUACCAACGAACACGCUCCUGCAACAGCCCUGCGGCCACCAACGGAGGGGACAUCUGCAUCGGACUACACACCGAAGAGGCCCUCUGCAACACACACACCUGUGAUGGUGGCUGGAUGGCCUGGUCACUGUGGUCGGCGUGCGAUGAUUCAGGCUUGCAGAUGAGGAGUCGAGUGUGUGGGGCUCAGGGCAACACCCCGUGUGUGGGGAACAGCACGCAGCGCAGAGACUGCAAUGAAAUACCUGUCAUUCUCCCUGCAUCUGGUUUUGAUAAGGACCAACAGUGCGGAGCGUUCACCUCCAUCCACCUCAUCGCGACCGGCGUGUCCUGUUUCCUGGGGGCGGGGCUGCUGUCCUUCUUGAUCUACGUCUACUGUCAGCGUUUCCAUAAGCCCUCGCAGGAGUCUGCGGUCAUCCACCCUACCACCCCCAACCACCUCAACUACAAGGGCAACACCACGCCAAAGAAUGAGAAAUACACGCCCAUGGAGUUCAAGACACUGAAUAAAAACAACCUUCUGCCAGAUGAACGAUCCAACUUCUACCCGACGCCCCUCCAGCAGACAAACGUCUACACCACCACCUACUACCCGACGCCGCUUGGCAAGUUCGACUACCAGCCCAACUCUUCCCCUUCGCCGUGCAGAACCUACAACAACAGUAACAACAGCUGAGACACGCCCCACAACCACCUCUCCAGCCCCCCCUCUGCCGCAGACCCAAAACGGACACCGCCCAAACGCCAUGGUGACAUUACUGAACUGACAUGAACUGAAAUGUUUCUCAGAGCCGGGUUCCUCUGUUCACCCUCGCCCCUGCUCCUCGCUGUGUCUUCUGCAUGGCAGGGUUUGUGUUUUCAAGGGCGUUUCUGGAACUUUCCGUCAGGAGAUAUGGGUUUGGACAACAAUGCAGCCAGCGCAGUGUGUGUUAUCUCAACGGCCUGACUCUACAUAGCAGUGUCAACCCAGAGCAUCGUCUUCAUGAGAGGAUCCAGUGGAAAAGACCAGCAGGGCGAGUUUCGGCUUUAUUCAGAUUAUUAUGGACAAAGGGCACAUCAGCACAGGUGCUGAGUCGAGCAUUCACAAUUACAGAAUUGAAAAAAGAACAGUAAAAAAAAACAAAAAAAAAAACAUUUCCCUGGAUCUGGGUCACCGUUUCUCUCCUCUGCGUUGCAGCCAUUUUCAGCCUGUAAUGAACUCUGAGUCCCUCGACAACAAAAGCAGUUACUGAGAAGAAACAGCGCAUAUCGUUACGUCCUUGCCACACAGCGAGGAGCGGGAGAACAACAAUGAAGUCGAUGAUGAAAUAAAUUAGAGAUCAAUAUCAGCCCGGUUGUGCGGAGGGGGAUAUGCACGCCCUCCAUUGUUGCUAUUUCAUGCGACAGAGAAGAUAAGAACUUCUAAGUGAAGUUUUUUGGACGGCGGCUUGGAGGAGUUACCGGUUGGAAAUAAUCGUUUAAAUCUGCACAUGAUCAAAGCCUUUUGAGGAGCAAGGACAUUUAUUUGCAGCAUUGCAGCUGGGGAGGGGGGGGGUUGAACUGUACAUAAAGCUUCGGGAAACGCCACGUAUGCAACAGACGGCAGGGGCGAAAUCUGUUUUUCUUUCCACCACUUUGUUUUUUUCUCCCAAGAACAAUAAAGACUUCUGAAAGAGAAAUGAUUGAUUAUCCAAUCGAUUCUCCAUCGAAUGCGUCGAUUCUACUGAGUGCUAAAUAGCUCAGUGGUCAUAUCAAAUAUGACCAGUGCGCUGAACAACUGGACUGGGGGGGAUUUUUUAUGAUGGUAGAAUAAGCUAGUAGUCUGGCACUUCUUUUUUUUAAUGUUUGUUUUUUAAGAUAAUUGUUUUAUGCUCAGAUGAGCCGUAGCAUAGGAGGAAAUAUUUUGUUAAUUAAGAUAUAGCUGAUUAAUUGUUGUUUCUCUAAUUUCACUUCACUGAAUGAACACAUCCUUCUUCUUUACUUGGUUUUUCCGCAGCUCUGUAACCAUUGCAUCUUCAGUUCCUGAAACACAAAGAAAAUAAACAUUACAGAUUUUUACAAGAAAAUUAAUUAUUGUAACUAAACGUCUAUGUGAAUGAUGAGUUAUAAUGGCCAUGUUAGAGAUAAAUAAAAAUUCUGAGAUUUCAAAAAUUAGGAUUCUUUUAUUGGUAAAGAGGCUAAAGUAAUAAUUUUAGGCAAUGUCUCAUUUUACAGGGGCAAGAUCUGUCUUUUAUCUGCGUUGAAAUAUGGAGUGUGGAGCAUUUUGUUGAGUUAUACUUUAGUAUAAUUUUCACAAAGAAUAUAAUAAAAAAAAAAAAUGUACUGUUGCCGAAAGAUUGACUCGAUUCUCGUCUCUCACUACAACUUCAUUCUUGUAAAAUGACAUCAUCAUUCUUGUUAAAUUACAGCUUUUUUCUCACAAUAUUACUUUAUUCUAGAAAUCUCCAACAUGUUGUUUCUCUAACAUGGCCCAAGUACUCUCAGAGAUAAAAAAGAUGCUUGUGUAGAAGUUUGCCUGUGUGAAGAUCAAAACGAGUGCAUGUGUGUGUAGAUGUGCGUACAUGAUAACACGUGUACUCUCUGCUUGUCUGUUUGCCCGAAUGAGGAAAGUUACAGUAUUUUGUACAAUGUAAAUGCUUUCAUACACAUGAUGAUAUAUGAGGAGGUCUGGCAACGGCAUUUCUUUUUCCACAUCCUGUCACUGACACUCCGGGCGUUCUCCUGGUUUUUCUAUAUUUCACGUACCAGAUGUUAAUUGUUGUAAGUUAAAGCGUCGCUCCUCUGGUUCCUGCUGGAGGUUUAAUGGACUCUAUUUAUAGUUAAUGCUUGGUUUAUAAAGGGGCAUUUCCACAGCUAUAUUUUAUUAUUAUUGCCUGAUCGAUGAAUGCUAACCCAGAAAAUGCUUCUCACUUCUGCUACUGUACAUGCACGAAAUGAGAGCUCUAUCUGUAUAUAUGAGCGACAGCCUUCUGCAGCCCAUUUAAUGACCAUGAAGAGGACCAUGUAAAUGUAUCUGUAUAUUGUAUAGCUAACACUGUUUGUUUAAGAAAGCCUUAUAGUUGUUUAAAAAAAAAAGUGCAGCAGCUAAGUACACACCAACCAUGAGGUUUGUUUGGGGACAGAGUUCCGAGAUGUGACCGACAGCCUUCGGCUUUUUGACCUUUCCCAGCUGCUCAAACAUCAAAUGACCAAGUGCUCCGGGCUGAGGAUAAGUCGGCGCAGCAACGAUCAUGAAAUGUGGACACAGAGUGCGGAUAUCCUGAGGAAGUGUUUUUGAUCCAGACUUUGCCUCUAUUGGCCCGGUGCGAAAGCCGGUCAUCUGAUUGGUCAGUAUUGAACUCUGCCCCCUGCGAUGUGAGGCUCUGUGCCCUUCUAUGCAACUUACCAGGUGUACUGUUAGACCUGUCAUGUAGACUGUAAUCACUGCCUUUUAGACACUGUGAAUUUUUUGGUACCCUAUAUUUUUGUAUAUUGUACAUUAUAAAGGAUAAUAAACCUUGAUGCCAACACACA